AUGCCUGGUGUUGAUGUUAUUGAGGUCCUUGACAGAGUCAGGGCAGCUCUCAAGAGAAGAGGUUCAAGAACCAUUGCAGGACUUGGAAGAACCUUCAGAGCCUUAGAUUCAUACGACGGAAACAAGAAAGUUGAUGCAGAAGAGUUCAGUGUUGGACUUAGAGAAAAUGGAGUCGACUUGACUCAAGAAGAAGCCGAUGCUUUGUUGACCUACUUUGAUAAAGACGGUGACGGCAAUGUGUGUUUUGAUGAAUUCCUUGUUGGAAUCAGAGGAAGACUCAACGAAAGAAGAGAAGCUAUUGCGCUCAAAGCAUUCCUCAAGUUUGACAAAGAUUGUUCUGGAGCAAUCACAGUUGAUGAUAUGAAAGGAGUAUAUAAUACUGACUUCCACCCAAAGAAGCAAAGUGGAGAGAUGACUGACGAUGAGAUCUUCCUAGACUUCCUCUCUAACUUCGGAGACAAGAACAACGACGGUAUGAUCACCAAGGAUGAAUGGAUUGAAUACUACUCAGCUGUUUCAGCAAACAUUGACAACGAUGAUCACUUUAUCUUGUUGAUGCGAAAUGCUUGGCAGCUUGAUUAA